CCCCUGCCCCCGCUGCGAUCGCAUUUCUUUGGAUCGAUCGUCAAUCGAUUGCCUGCUCGGUAAUGCUAAUGCGGCGCGAUUGCUCGAAUCCUACAAUUCGUCGAGGCGGGGCGUGGACCGCAGAGGAGGCUGCAGCUGGAAUGUGGUUUUGAAUGAAAGACGGCAAGUCGCGCAGGUCAUGGAGCAAACGCAGUCUCGUCAUGGACAGAACCUGACGUCCGUGUGCGAAUGGAUGACCGACUGUAGGUAUGAAGGAAUUCAUGCUUUUAGAAUUACAGUGAAUCGGAGCAGAUGGGGUUGCUACGACCUCUUGCUCGUGUUAGUCGCCAUCCUGUGCUAUUCUGUUUGGGAUAGCUUUGCAGGAACUUUUCCCUUCUUGGUGUUUGCGACUUCUCUGGUCUUUUGGAUUAAGAGAAACAGGGUUGAACAAGAGGCAGUCGUAGUGAUGCCUAAUCUGGGCAUUCAGCUGGAAACGGUGUACUGCAGCAAGAAAGUGGAUCGUCGUUUUGUUUCCUUAGACAGGAUUUUAGCUCCAGUGAUCAACGAGGCUGUCACCCCAGUCACUUGUUAUUUCUAUCUGGCAUUGAUUCUACAAGAUGAGAAAGACAUGCUUCUAGCAUUUGAGAACUUGAGACCACCUCUGAAGAUGUUGUCGUGCAUUUGGAGAUCAAUCCAUGAAGCUCUUGGAACAGAAACGUGUAAAAUAUUGCCUCCAAGAUCUGACUCGGCAGAAGAGUGCGAAAAGAAAGAUUCAGGAUGGUGAGUGGGAGCCAUUCCUUCUCCUUCUAAUCUCUUGAAGCUUAAGUCGUUUGUAUUAUAUCACAAUAGGAAUCUAGUCGAGUGUUACUGAGCUGGUGGAUUUAUUUCUUUGGUCUCCACGGAUACGCUUAGCUGGAUGAUGUUGCCUUUUAUUUCCUUCUUCAUCAGUUCAUAAAGACACCCAGAGUGGUUCCAGCGGUGAGUGCAGUCAACCGAUAUCAAUAAUGUUUACCUCAGCUCAAAGACUGGAAAUUUAACCUCGAAUACAGGUGGGCUUCAAAUUGG